CAAUAAGUUUUACUUAUUUUAUCGACAUAAGAAACUAUCCGAGACAUUACUUUAGUCGAUUGCAACAAAUUAACACACGAUGCAGUUUUUAAUAUGCCUUCAAUAAUAGACGUGAGAGGGCGUAUUCACGAGCCAGAUUAAGAUGGCCUCCAGUGUGAAGUGGUUAGAAUUAUUGGAGAAGGAGUUUGACAAGGCUUUCGUUGAUCUUGAUUUACUUCUAGGAGAAAUCGACGAGGACCAAUGCGAAAUCACCUACGAAGGUAGACAGAAAAUGACUGGCUUGAGUUCGGCUUUUGCUCAGUUAUUUCACAAAGCUCAAACUAUGUUCGAGAAUAACAGUAAAACCGAGGCUGAUCUUGCUCAAUUACGUCAAGAUUUGUGUGAAACACAAGCUUCACGCAUUGUAUUAGAGAAAGAAUUGCAGAAUUUGCUGCUUCAACUUCAUGCUGCACAAUUACAAGUUACAGCUCAAAUGGGCCAUGUGGAAGACUCACGAACAAUCAAGAAAAAAUUGGAAAAUGAAAUGGAACAAUAUCGUAAAAAUUCGCAAAGGGAAGCAUUGUUAGAAGCUGAAGUAAUUCAACUUAGGAAAGAAAAUAAAGAAUUAAGAAGUUAUAUUUAUUCUUUACAAAAUGAAUUAUAUGGUGCUCGUCUUGCUGCUAAAUAUCUUGAUAAAGAAUUAGCUGGGAGAAUACAGCAGAUUCAAUUAUUAGGAAGGGAUUUAAGAGGAAAUGAUCAUGUUCAUUUAUGGAAUCAACUUGAAGCAGAAAUUCAUCUACAUAGACAUAAAACAGUAAUUAAGGCGUGCAGAGGACAUAAAGAUAUAAAUAAAAAAUUACCUUAUCCACCUGGUCAUGAUAUCCAAAGCUUAAAAAGGAAGCAAGGAAUUGGUGAUAGACGAGUAGUUCAUUUUACUAAAGGAGAAAAUGAAGGUUUAGGAAUCUCUAUCACUGGUGGAAAAGAGCAUGGAGUGCCAAUUCUUAUUUCUGAUAUACAUCCUGGUCUUCCAGUAGCACAAAAUGGUGGACUUUUUGUUGGAGAUGCAAUUCUGACAGUAAAUGGAAUUGAUCUUAGGAAUGCUAAGCAUUCUGAAGCUGUGAAAAUUCUUUCUAGUCAGCAGAAAGAAAUAACUAUGGAAGUCAUAUUUGUGGCUCCUGAAGAUGAUAGUGAAGAAAGUCAGGAUAGUGAUCCACUUUAUAGGUAAAUUUAAGAGUUAAGAUAUAAUAUUAAACAUUUAUUUUAAAUGUGGCUUAUAUCCAUAAAACACCUGCAUCAUAGAUU